GUGGAUAAGUGGUGAAACAGAUCUAGAUGAGCCGCGCUUGUCGCAAAUGAUGUUGGAUCUCUGCAUUGGUCAUCGUUCUCUUGGAAGCCACCUCCAGCAGGUUAGCUUCAGCCUUCAAGACACGGACAACGUUUCUGAUUGAGCAGUAACAAGGAAUCGCGUUACCUUUAGCGAUUAUGGAGGAUCUCUCUCACGCUACCCUGCGUAACUCCACCGCUCCGCCGGUACCACAUCCGCCCGGUAUGGACGUGCUUGGCACCAGCCUCUACAGCACCGACCCUGCUGCCCUUACUGGCGUCAACGUGCUCAUCGGAACGCUCGGUGUUCUGGGCAACGGUACCGUCAUCGUCGUCUACUUGGCCAACCCCAAGAUGACCCGCCCGCUGACCAGUCUGUUCAUCUUUCACCAGUCCAUCAUUGACCUGAUCAGUUCUUUCAUCUUUCUGGCCAUCCGACUGGACAGGUGGCGGCCCCUCCUGAGCGGCAGCCUGGCGGGCUUCGCCUGCAAGGUCUGGUACUCCGAGUACCUCCUCUGGGUCCUGGUCAUGACGUCCACACUCAAUCUCCUCCUGGUCUCGCUGGAGCGCUACGUGUGCAUUGCCCACUCCGUGUUCCACCGCAACCAUGUCACCCGGAGGAAGGCUAAAGUCUCCAUGCUGAUCGCGUGGCUGUUCAGCCUGGUGUAUCAGACUUACUGGGCCGUAGUCUCCAUCGCAGUCGACGGCAAGUGUGAGCCCCAGUGGAUCAGCGAAGCCAUGCAAAGGUUCUUCGGAAUACUGACAUUUUUUCUGGAAUACCUGAUCCCGCUCGUAUUGAUGACUUUCGCUUACGCCAGUAUCAUUUCCAGACUCAAUCAGCGCCGUCGUGUGUCUGCACUGUACGUAGCCCGCUCCACAAACUCCGAGAUGAUGCCUGACACCAGUGCAAGCGACUCUGCCUCCGCCCGGACUGCGAAGCCCAACCCCCCACGGUCGGCCACCGCCCGCAUCGACAUGUUCUCGGAGGCGAAGAGAAAUGUCGCCAAGACGCUGUGCAUCGUCUUCGCCACGUACGUAACCUGCUGGACCCCGACCGAGCUGGAGUAUCUGGUCUACAAUCUUGGCGGCUCCCUGGACUUCCAGGGUACCUUCCAUCGCGUCACAGUUGUCUUGGUGCUGUGCAACAUUUGCGUGAAUCCCAUCAUCUACGCCCUCAAGUACCGGGACUUUCAGAAGAACUUGAGGCGAAUGCUUGCCAGCUGCUGCGACAGACUGACGCGAAGGCAUUUGACGAGCCACUCGGGGCCCGAGAUGGAAGAGUUUCAUCUGAAUAACUUGAAGCAUUCUCCCAUCCCACCGAAACGGACCUAUCAAGCGCACAAUCUGGGAAUGUCUGAAUAGGGUCCCUGACCAAAAACUGAAGACAGUUUAAAUCUAAACUCGGACAAAGGCCUCAACCCUGGGUUGGGGACAAGCGUUUGAGCGCGACCGAAUCCGGACUGUACUUCAACCAGCUGACUUGUACCGUGACUUCACUCGCACGUACGAUGGUUGAACACGACAAUGGGCGACUAUUUGCAUCCUAGAGCACACUUGCCUAAUUUCCAAGCAAACCUGUAACUAAAGGGGCAAUAGGCCUUUCGCGAGAUAAAUUUGAAUCAAUCCAGUACAUUGAGUUCUCUGAUUGCACAUUAACAUAACAAUUUGAAUUCCCCAGACUGAAGACGCUGUUGCUAUAAACUCGUUAUUCGGGGUAAGCUUUUGCAUAGCGACCAUGAUCUCUGGAAUGGACUAGUUCCUAGUGUGCCCUUCUUAACCACUGAAAAGCGUGUCCUGGUUUAAGGCGUCUCUUCUUGUAACUAAGCAAAAGCUUGUCCCAAAUCACAAGGUAUAGCACCAGUGUCUUAGUUUGGAGAAUUCAAAUUGUUACAUCCAGUGAACAAGAGUUUACUCAAAAUUUAAUUCGCAAAAGGCUUAUUAGAGCAACGGCUAUUCUGUCAACCACUAGCCGAUUUUGCCUAGUAUCCACGAUAACAUUUAGAGCAUGCCUGGGUUACCCUGGACGAUCGGCCAGUGGUCCACAAUAUGGUCUUCUCUUGAACCUGCCCAAUAACGCUCCGCCGUGUUUGGAGUGAAACUGUGCCAGAAUCGGGGUUGUGGAAAUGACAUUGAUGGCCGUGUGCCAAUAGACCUUUCUUUGGCUAUGUCAGUAGCCAAAGAAAAGUCUUUGCCGACCAGUGAUAGGCUAACAGGCUAUGGCUGGUCGUGAGUGCAAACCAAAAGAAAAAAUUCGAAGUUAAAAAAACCCGAAAUAUAAAGAUACCAAAUAAUAUGUAUUUCCGCUAAACACUGAAUAAAACUAGGCUCACAUUUUAAAAAUUGAUGAAGCAAAAUGUAAAUUUAAGACAACCAUUUUCCCAACAACAGGUGAACCUUCUGCCAUCUCUGGCCGCACAUACAAAAUGACGGGUCACUGUUUGUAAACAAAAGAACAAGGACAGAACAAUGACGGUGAAUCUAUUACUCGAAGUCCGUGGGGAAUAUCUGACGUCAGCAACAAACUACACUCUCUGACAAAAGCAACAGACCACUCGUUCUCGGGAGUAAAGUUUCCACGAACAGUGUCCACUUCGUGUUACGUCGGUAAUUUCUGACCCUGUUGUCUUCUGGCCGUCACAAGGGACCUCGAUAAUGGGCAGGUAUGUCUUGCCAUCUGGUGUGGGAUUUGACAGACAACUUCUGUUAUCGGCGGCUGUAUAUAAUUCAGAAAGAAAUCUGUAAUGCAUGUUAAUCAGUCAAACGAGCUUUCAACGAAUCCAACCUUAAACGAUUAUUCAGGGCUCUCUAUGACAGCAAUUUGCAUUUAGAUGUCGCCUGUACAUUUUCUGUAAUUUUAAUUAUCCUGCGCGGCAUUGUUGUUAAUUGCAACGGUAAGAGCUGGGAGAGGGGACCAACUGCAAACGUAGAAUUUAGCUUCGAUCGCUUUGCUACGUCUGCGAUAUUUUCUGAUUUCGCGCCAAGAACAAACCGACUUUUCAUCGAGACAAAGUGGAGGAUUUUAUUGGUUUCAAAAAUAUCGGUGGCGCCAAGGCGUGAAGAGCUGUCAGUAAUCCAAAGCGGUCUCUCUCAGAGGGCAAUUAUUUCAAAAUUCCCGGCUCGACCUCUGCAGGCGAAGGGGUGAAAAUCCAGCAUGCUCUCGUUGGAAAGUAACAAAUGACGUCCAUCCAUCUUCGGCGGUGAUUGUGUUUAGUUUUACCCCGUGCCACGCGCGGCCCCGACGCAUCGGCACGUGCGGUCGAAGCCCUUAGAAACGACCCUUUGCACGCCGAGGAUGGAAACAUCCUCAUUAGCAUUUCCAUAUCUGAAAUUGCUUUACAAAAUGCCAUCAGCUUUGAUACUGAAGACUGGCUUAGAUCAGAUCUUUGAACGCUGUUUGGAUCCGGCCAUUUGUUACUUUCUGCAAUUCAAUGACAAGUGUUAUCUUAUACAAGACACUGUGUUCUAAACGACCAAUCAUAUACAUGUAGUCAUUUGAAUGUAGGUUUGUAAAACAAUAGUAAAACCUUUGACAAACAACAAAAUUUUAGCAGACUUUUGGAUGAGUACAGUUACUUAGGGCCUACGUUUUGAAAUAACUUGUACACAAUGAUAUCUCUCAGAUAUUUUCAAGGUUAUUUGGGGCACAGGACCUUCAACAGACCGCAUCGUGUUUAAUCAAUGCAGGUAAUUGCCCUGGUCUUGUUUCACAGCAACAGUUCUUCACCGUGUUAUGUGAUGAUGUUAUUCAUAGCAACAAAGCAGUGAUAAAUUGUUCUGACAAGUCCACCGCUGAUCAUAAUCGGCGAAGUAUGCUUUCCAACCAGGCGUAACAGAGUAAGACCGAUGGUGCCCCGUUUCGCCUCAAGGCAAGCUCAAUCCGUUAAAAGGCAUUUAGCUUGUUGUUUGGGCAAUGUUAGACACAAACACCACAGGCAGCUCCGUGACUUCAGGCAUUUUUGUCUUAAACAUGAUUGUACUUUGUCUUUAUCGCUCAACGAGAAUUCAAGCCCAGGCUUCAAUAGACGUUAUUCACGAGGCCGGCCAUAUUGAAUUUAAAAGCGAGGUUAACUCUUCAUUUGUUAAUGAUGAGAGUACAAAAUGACACAGUAAAAUGAAAUUUCAUGACCAAUUUGCACCUGUCUACUCUGAUGGAUGAUUUCAAAUUCACGAUUGAACACAUGUACCUUGCCAGAUUCCAAAAAUUAUUGAAAGGGAGGCUUUGAACGCAAAGAAGUAUAAAACAGUCUGGUGCCAUCCUACCAUCCUAAUCGACAACAGAUUUUGGGAAUAAGAUCAAAAUGGCCUCUAAGUUAAUAGGGUUUAUUAUGUGACGAUAAAAGUCUAGAUAAGAUGUCAUGUACAUUGUGUAUCAUAAUGAAGAGUUUUCGUUUCAUUAUAUUAUUAUACAAUUCUUUGGUGAAUUUCAAUAUUUGAACAUCCUUACAGAAGCAAACACAUUGCCUGUUUAUCUCUCUAAGUCAGUGUAAACAACAAUAAUUUUGCUUAAAUCUGUAAAUGUUAUUGCCUUAAUUCAAAUGUCGUUCCGCACGAUAGGCUGAUUAUCUGUACAUAUUCUAGGAUGCGGUUUAAAAAUAA